AUGGCGGCCACUAACCGGGCGCGGCCACAGCCCCGCGCCAACAUAUCCUUCUUCUCGAAGAUCCAAGGCAAGAUAAGCGAUGCGUGCGCACAGCAGAAGUUUCUCACCGACAAGAAAACGCUGGAAAAAACGUGGAAGCUGAUGGACAAGGUGGUGAAGCUGUGCCAGCAGUCGAAGAUGAACCUUAAGAACAGCCCGCCAUUCAUACUGGACAUCCUGCCGGACACGUAUCAGCGGCUGCAUCUGAUCUACUCCAAGUAUGAGGAUCAGAUGCAUCUGUUGCACUCGAACGAGCACUACAACAUCUUCAUCAACAAUUUGAUGCGCAAGUGCAAGCAGGCGAUCAAACUGUUUAAGGAGGGCAAGGAGAAGAUGUUCGACGAGAAUUCCCACUACAGGCGGAACCUGACCAAGCUGAGUUUGGUCUUUUCGCACAUGCUGUCCGAGCUGAAGGCCAUCUUCCCGAAUGGGUUGUUCGCAGGCGAUCAGUUCCGCAUCACCAAGGCGGAUGCGGCCGAAUUUUGGAAGACGCGUUUCGGCAACAGCACGCUCGUACCGUGGAAGCUGUUCCGGUUCGAGCUAUCCUUAGUGCAUCCGAUCUCCUCCGGGCUGGAAGCGAUGGCGCUUAAAACCACCAUAGACUUAACGUGCAAUGAUUAUAUAUCAAAUUUUGAAUUUGAUGUGUUUACAAGGCUGUUUCAACCCUGGAAUACGUUGCUGCGAAAUUGGCAAAUCCUUGCUGUGACCCAUCCGGGCUACGUAGCUUUCCUAACCUACGACGAAGUCAAAGCACGCUUACAAAAGUAUAUCACUAAGGCUGGUAGUUAUGUUUUCAGAUUAUCCUGCACACGGUUAGGGCAGUGGGCGAUAGGGUACGUAACGCAAGAGGGUGAAAUACUGCAGACGAUUCCGCAGAAUAAGUCAUUAUGUCAAGCUUUACUAGAUGGCCAUAGGGAAGGAUUCUAUCUGUACCCCGAUGGUAAACCGAACAAUCCGGACCUUUCGUUCGCCGUGCAGAGUCCGCUCGAAGACCAUAUCACCGUGACGCAGGAACAGUAUGAGCUGUACUGUGAAAUGGGAAGCACCUUCCAACUGUGCAAAAUCUGUGCGGAAAAUGAUAAGGACAUUCGCAUCGAACCGUGUGGCCAUCUGCUUUGCACACCCUGCCUAACGGCCUGGCAGGUGGACUCGGAGGGACAGGGCUGUCCGUUCUGUCGGGCGGAAAUCAAGGGCACGGAACAGAUCGUGGUCGACGCGUUCGAUCCAAAGCGACAGCACAAUCGCAAUUCGGCGAAUGGACGCCAGCAGCUACAGAACGACGAUCACGAUGACGAUACGGAGGACGAUUUCAAUAUUGCCACCUCAUCCCUGCACGCGCUGAGCAACAGCAUGACGCUGGCACGCAACAACAACGACAAGCAAAGUCCGCACUCAUCGCCCCGUCUGCCCCGACGCCAGCAGCAGCAACAACAGCCACAACAGCAACCGCCAUCUUCGUGUCAACCGAUCACACAGGCACCGUCGGCACCGGUGCUAUCCGGUAGUGACAUCUAUGCCGGCGGCCCCUCAUCAAUGCUGCUCGUGGGGAUGUCGACCCCGGCACAGCACGCCACCGGCCACAGUGGGAAUAUGGUUGCGAACGCACCAGCAGCAACUGCUGUCGGUACCUGCAACUCCUGUCCCGGGCCUCACGCAUCCUCCAACACGUCUUCAUCCUCGUCGUCGUCCGCAUCGUCCACGACCACUUCCUCGUCCUCGCCCUCCUCCUCUUCCUCUACCUCCUCCACUUCUUCCUCAUCAUCAACCACGUCCUCGUCCUCGUCCUCGUCAUCUUCAACCGCCUGUCCCGGAAACGCCGGGAUGUCGUCGGCACCAGUCGCAACCUCACACCCUGCCCUCAGCUCCCCAGCGGCCAUUGCUGCGGCUGCGGCAGCAUCAGCACCACCGCUAGCAGCGGCCACCGUAUCUCACACGGUCAACGGCAACCUGGCGACACACACCAACAUUUCGCUCAGUAGCUGCGGCACCAACAGCCCCAACACCCACAACAACCUGGUGAAGUGUAACAAAUCUUCCUCCUCUUCCCUUCUACCGCAGGGUGGCGGAGUUGCUGGUGGUGCCGCCUCCUGUACCGGGUCUCACCAGCAACACCAGCCCGCUAACCGGUUGAGCGCCCCCGUAAGCAGUGCGGUCGGGUCCGGUAACUCACCGAGCAGCUAUCUCAUCCUGAAGGCACUCAACAAGGCCCUCUCAAGCGAAACGACUGCCAGCUGCCAGGGUGGAUCGAUGGAGUCGAUCUACCAGCACGGGUAUCGGCAGUGUACGACGACCCCACCACCACUGCCACCGCGCAAGUCCUCACCGGGCAUAUUAGCCGGGAGUGCGGGUGGACCUGCCGAUGUUCGACUGCCGAAGUCGUCCGCCUGUGGCAAUCGUGCGAUCUCCGGCCCAUCGGCGCAACACCUGCAACCGAACGCAGCUCGACCUUCGGGGCAAAUAAAUGGUGCAUCGAGUAUGGGCAACCUGGCGAACCAUACGUCCGGUGGGCUACAUCUUAGUCGCAGUUCGGAGAAUCUCCCAUCGUUGGCAACCUGCCAGCAGCAACCACCGCCACCACCCGUUCCCAAACAUCAGAAUAUCGUUGUGACGGCACAGGAGCAACACCACACGGCGACUUGCCCGUGUUCCAGCUCGCAGCAGCAACAACCGGCACCAGUGACGAUAACCGAUCCAUUCGCCGCCGGUGAUGGCGGCACGGAUAAGGUGAUCGUUGGUCCAGCGGAAACAAUCGUCGGUAUUAUCGACACGAGACCACCCGAGGCACGGCAUCCGAUCAUACUGAAGGUGGACGAAAAGUCGGACCAAAGUUUGAUCCUAACCGCCGCCCUAACGCCCAACAACGUGUACCAGUUUAAGCCGACGAGUGCGUCGGUCAGCACCAACAACCUGAACGGGCUCGUCACGGUACAAACAGCACUUGGUGAGCAAGUUACCAGCAGUAGCGCAGGAGAGUCAACGCCAACAGUCUGCACAACAUCGUCGAUCCAGUACAAACCAGCUCCGGCACAACCGCAACCAACACCCCAGCGCCAGCCACAGCCCCAACCACGAACACAGUUUACGCAACCACAACAACCCACGUCCGCAGCUGGAGCACCUGCGACGACUCCCUCGAAUAACCAUCAGCGACAUCAGUCGCUACCGGCCAACAGUGCAGCCGUCGGUGCAAAGAUCCUUCCGCAUCCACCCUCCAAGUCGAUCACCUCCACACAGCUGGCCGCAUCCGCCGGUGUUGGUCGAUCGGCUACCUCCUCCAGCAGCAGCAGCAGUGCCGGUGGCCAUCCGCUGGUGUACGAGAACGUCAACCUAGCAUCGAGUGGUGCGCUGAAAGAGUGCUCCAGUAAUCGGCACGGGAUGGCCGCCGGUGGUGGCGUCUGCACUAGCAACACUACCACCAGCAGUAACAACAACCAUCUUGCGAAUUUUAGCGGCGGUGGAGGUGGGCCUUCGCUCAGCUCGGCCCUCAACAACAACAACAACCCGAACGUACCGUACGAGAACAUCAACCUGGAGUACAUCGCACGGCUAAUGCAGGAAGGCUACUCGAAGGAGAACGUCAUCACGGCGCUCGGUAUCUCGCGCAACAACAUCGAGAUGGCGUGCGACAUACUGCACGAGUUUGUCAGCAAAAGUGGAGGUGGUUGA